AUCUGGUAACUCUGUCAAAGUCAACCAUAAAAAAAUCAGGACGAGCUAAGAUGGACGUGUGUCGAAUAAAAAUUAAAUAACGAGGUGCUUGUAAAUGGUAAAUAAACCGGCAAAAUGUAUAAUGGCAUUGGAUUAACGACGCCGAGAGGCUCGGGUACAAAUGGAUAUGUUCAAAGAAACUGGGCAUCCGUGCGGAAGACCAAAGACUCGGUAAAUUAUCGUACCGAAGAUGAAAUAGCCAAGUUAGACUCGGCUUCUAACAAACAGCCAAACCGGGAAAUCCUGGACCAUGAGAGGAAGAGAAAGAUCGAGGUAAAAUGUGCUGAACUUGAAGACAGUCUUGAAGAACAAGGGUUGCCGAAGGAGGAGAUAGCGGCGCGCGUGGCCGCCUUCCGGGCCAAGCUCUCCACCACCGCCGCCGGAGACAAGGACCUGCCCCGGGAUGAGUUCGGGAGAGUCGCCGUUCGUGAGACGCACGCGGUCGCAGAGGCGCAGCAGGAGAAGAACGCGCGGCUGCGAGACGCGUUCGGCAUCUCGCCGCGCUUCGUGGAGGGCUCCAGCCUGGACCCCGAGCGGCGCGCGCGCGACCACGCCGCCCGCUACCCGCUCGUGCGCACGCCCAGCCAUGAGCGCGACUCGCGCGACGCACGCGACACACGCGACGCGCACUCCGCCAAGAAGAAGAAGAAGAGGAGUAUUUCACCAGAAGCCAAGAAGCUGAAGAAGAAGAAGUCGAAAAAGAAUAAAAAGGAAAAACAGGUGACACUACGGUUGUCGAAAAGGCAAGAAUCCAGUAAGAAAAAGAAGAAGCGCUCAAAGUCUCCCGACACAGACAGCUCAAGUAGCUCCGAGGCACAGGACAGCGACUCUGGCAGCUCGGAAGACGAACGACAGAGAAAGAAAAAGAAGAAAAAAUCCAGCAGCAGACGCCGCGGCAGUAGCGAACCUUCGAGCCGUGAAAGUUCCCCAGUGAAAUACACAAAAGAGAAGCACCGGGAUCGUUCAAUUGAAGAGAGAGCCAACGAUGUCCAGUACAGAAAAGCGGAUCGGGAACGUGAAGAACGCAGCAGGAAGUACGACAAGCGCGACGAGCCUCCCGCCAGGGAGUCGCGACACAAUGACAGGAGGCGCGAGCGCAGCUCCACACAAGAAGAGCGAGACUCCUCGCCCGAGUACCGCCAGAAAUCUUGCAUUACCAAAAUAGAAAACAAAAAACGAGAACCAUCCGUAGAACCAGAGAAACGCAGAAGUAAUAAACGUUCGAAGCGCGACCGUCGUCGCUCUUCACCUGAGUCAGAUUUCGAAGAACCCCAUCCCAAACACAAGGCGGAGAAAAGAAGUAAAAGUCAUUAUAACAGAGAUUCUAGCGCGUCACCACCGCCAGAGAAGAGGCGACGCAAAAGUUCCUCUCCAGAGUAUAUAAAACGCGGUGACACUUAUUAUAACAGAAAAGAGACUGUAAAAGAAAACAGCAGAAAUCACAGGGAAGAAAGAGAGGAGCGCAGGUCAAAGAGAAGCGAAUCUCCUAGUUAUGGACACAGUAGGCGUGAGAACUCGCCGCCAAGGAGAGAUCGAGACAGCAAAUAUGAAAAAAGUAACAAAAAUAGUCAUGAUCGUUAUGAUGACGUACCAACCAAACGAAAGGAUAGGGAAAACAAUGAUAAUAAAUCACGCAGGAAGAAGGAUCGGAGUGCUUCUAAAGAAGUAAGGGACUCUUCCUCUGAAUACAAAGAACGAUCUCCAGUCGCUAAGAGUACCAAAAAAAGAGAAUCUCGAAAAGAUACCGAGAAGUCACACAAGAAUUCAAAAUCAUCAAGAAAGUAUUCGUCGUCGGGCUCUGAUUCUGACCCACCACCUAAAAGUAAAUCGGACAAAAGCUCUAAAAAUAAAGCUCGGUACUACAAAGAGAGGAGUGAAUCGCCCCCAGAAAGAGAACAGCGGAGGCGGAGUCCUUCUCCUGAACCUAAGAGGAAAGAUUCUCCUCCAAAAAACAAAGCCGAUAAGUAUAAAACAAGCCGAAAAUCUGUAGAAAGUAAACCUGAAACCAGUAGAUCCUCCAGAAAAAAAUCACCUACUCCUGAAGAAAAACCACGGCGUAGAGCAUCACCAAGUAAAUCGAAAUCUCCCAUACCACGCAAAAGCUCAAAAAAGGAAAAAAUGAAGAGCGAGACUCCAAAGGAGAAGUCAAAAAAAUCCGAUCGUCAUACCGCCGACCCUCGCACAUCUUCACCUAAAGGUGAUCAAAAAGAUAGGUCUGAUAAAGAAAAGAACCAUGACCAAAAGGGUACGCAUAGAGACGGAUCACAGUCUCGACCUGGCCAUAGAAGCUGCAGCACGUCUAGUCUCAGCUAUUCCCCUGCACGACGCAGCCCAGAGCGAUAUCGUGACAUAAUUGAGAAGUUACCUGAUAAAGACAAACGUAAAUACAUUAAGUCACCCUCAGAUCUCCAGCCUAAGAAAAAGAAAAGCAAAGAAGUAGCAGAACAAUUUAAACCCAAAGCUGUCUGCAUGCGGAGCUCUUCCAGCGAACAUGAUGAAUCAGAAGAGGAUUUUUUAAGAUUGGACGAAAGAGAUCGACAGGAGGAAUUUAUUGACAUGAAAGAGCUGAAUGGACUGAGAGAAAGACUGGCUCAACUAGCUAAAGCUUCCAUGGAGCGCAAGCGAAAUGAGGAUACGAAUGGUCCGUCGACGUCGCAGGCCGGCCCUAGCGGGUCUAAACAAAAGGAGAGUGAAGGACCAGCUGAAAAAACCAAAAAGGCUCCAAGUCCUACAGUAGAAAAAGCUAAAGAGAAGUCGCCUGCGCCAGUAGAAAAAAAGAAGACUCCAGAACCAGCGAAGCCGAGCCCUCCUAAGGACGAUAAGAGCCCGACUGUGAACGUGGAGAGUUCGCCAGAGGUUAAGAAGAGUUCCCGCGGCACGUCGCGGCGGCGCUGGUCGCGCUCGUCGUCGCGGCGCUCGCGCUCGCCCUCGCGCUCCUCCAAGUCGCGCUCGCGGAACAAGUCCUCGCGCUCGCGCUCCCGGUCGCGCUCGCGCACACGCUCUUCCAGAUCCAGGUCGCGCUCAUAUUCCUCCUCGAGGCGGUCCCUGUCGAGUCGCUCCAGUUCAUACACCAGCCGGAGCUCUUCCCGCUCGACGCGCAGCUCGUCGCGCUCCACCCGCUCAUCUAGAACAAUGACCGGCGUAUACGCCGAUUACCGUAGAUCGAGCGAGUCGCGGGCGCGCUCGCGGUCGCGCUCGCCAUCCAUACCGCGCCGCGCUGGCUCGCCCAGCUUCUUGGAUAGGCGCCGGAUCACAAGAAAAAAGUCACGAAAAUAUAGCACGAGUUCUGAAGACACAAGUAGUAGCUCCAAUUAGUGAAGUGAUUGUGCUAGUGUGAAUUAGUUUAAGUAAUAUUAUGUAUUGUAUUAAAAUAUUAAGUCUUACUUUCACAUAAUAUAUUCUUACGGUCUUUUAUUAUCUUUCUUAUUAUAAAUAUGGGUGUCCAUUAAUGAUGACAGUUAGAGACUGACCGAGUCUACGAAUGUUGUAUGGACUAUUGACUUUUGGCUGUGAACACAUAUUUGAACACUCACUCUUUGGUCGGUCUCUCACAAAUAACUACUUUAGAUGUGUGCGUGCGUCUAACACUGAUCAUGCUAACAGGGUGUGCUACUAGACUUAAGUUACGAAAUCAAUUUUUAUUAAUUUACACUAAUUAUUAUGAAUGUUACAUGGACUCUUAACCUGGUAGACUUUUAAGAAUUCUUCCUGAUGGAGUUGAACAAUCCUUUCCAUUGAAAUAAUUUGAGAGGCUACAACGUCAAUGGUAAUUAUAAAUUAAUAGUUGUUUUUCCUCCGUAGCGCACCCAUAUUAGAUCUAUCAUACGCGCCAAACAAAUUCAAGUAUAGAAGAAGAUAACGUGCCAAAUGAAAUAUCCACAUGAUGGAAGUUUACAGUGACGGCCGCCAGAUGUAGACAGUGUGCUAUUAAUAUAAAACAUGCUGCAAGUGUGUUUUCUGUUUCAAGAUUCAUUUUGUUUUAUCACAUUAAAGUUUAUUGUGAAA